AUGCCCUACCGCGGCCCUUCCCUCCCAUACGUACCAGACGAUCUCGUUGUCCCAGCUAUCUUAAAUCUCGAAUGCGAUGAAAGACUGUGGGUCCCGCAGGCUCCCGACGUCUGGUUUCGGCCCUUGCUAUUCUCUGUCUCGCAGGGUUAUUUUGUCAAUAUAUUGCGUGUACGAAAGUCUGGCAUACUAUCUAGACACCGACAUACCGGGCCUGUCCACGCUACUGUCCUCAAAGGUCGUUGGCAUUAUCUUGAACAUCCUUGGUGGGCCGCUGAGGGUGGCUACGCUUACGAGCCGCCCGGAGAUAUACAUACCUUGGAGGUUCCAGACGACGUCCAGGAAAUGGUGACCAUGUUUCACGUCACAGGGGCAUACAUUUACGUAGACCCAGAAGGAAAUCCCGUCGGUAUCGAGGACGUGUAUAGCAAAUUGGAAAAGGCGAAGGCACAUUAUGAAGAAGUUGGACUAGGCGCUAGUUUUGCAGAUCAAUUCAUAAGAUAG